CUAACACUCAGUUUAUUUCUCAGAGACUUUUUCACCAGACUGCUUUCUUCUCUCCACCUGCUUACACGAAAGCUGCACUCAACCACACUGGGGGAACUGCUUCUUUCCUGAAAUAUCUCACCUAAGGAAAACUUUUGCUCAUCCAAACUCGCUCUUUCACUAAAGGGAAGCUACUUCAAGGCCUCUACGUUACCAUUUCUCCCAGGAUGGCUGCUGAUAUAACCGAGAGCUCCUCUGCGAGCGUCGUGCAGAAGCUGCAAAGUUACGUGCGGACCCCGAAAGGCACCAUCCUCGCUGCAGAAAUAGUUCUCAGUCUCAUAAUCCUUAUCUGCCAUGCUUCGUCCUGGUAUGGCGGCUACACUGUUCCUGCCAUCUGCGAGAUGUGCUUUGCUAUCGUGUUCUUCUGUGUCUUCAUGAUGGGCCUGGACAAGCAGUUUACAGCCAUCAGCUGGGUCUGGAGUGACUUAAUCCGUGCCUUUACUGGCACUCUAGUUUACCUCAUCACGUCGCUCAUCUGCGUCACCAGAGGAUACGGGGACGGAGCGCUCAUCGCAGGCGGGGUGUUCGGCUUGCUCGCUGGUCUCCUGUUUGCAUAUGAUACGUACACCAUCUACCUGCAAAUCAAGAGCGCCAGGUCGCAAACUGAAGGUUCUGGUGGCACAGCUUAACCAGUCCACACAUCUGUCAUCGACGCUGCAGAAAUACAAAAACAGAGAAGAGCGGCUCAGUGAAGGGAGAUGGACAGUAAAAUGACCAGGUCACAGUUUUAAUCAUUGCAACUGUAUGGUGUGAACAAAUGAGAAGUAUUUUAGCAGAUGCCUGAGAGGAAUACCGCAGAACCAAAGUGAGAGGCACUGUACUGUACAUCUGUGUCUGCAUGUGUGCUGCGGUGGGAAAAACCCCCAAGUUUUUUUUCCGACCAAGACAGACCAUCGACUAAACAGGGAAACCUGACAUUAAUAAGGUAACAAAAGACUGUUUGGUCUCUUCAAAUAGCUUUUCUAAUACUUUUCUUUACUGUUAACGAACUGCUGUAGGAAAUAUUAAUCGUGUUAUUUGGACAUCAGAAGUAACUGAUGCAUUAGGAGUUAUUUAAAAACAGAUAAUAUUUGUCUUGUCAUUGAUGUCAAUAUUUGUUUUUAUAAAAGUCAGUAAAACAUUAUAAUACACGGUCUCUGUUUUUUAUGAGGGUUUUGUUAAGAGGUCAUGAGUAAUAAAUAUGUCACUAACUUCAAUUGACUCUCCUGGCAUUUUCACUUAGAUAACAUUUUGAACUAAACUAAAGGCUCAACGGCCCAGGUUAGCUAGCUGCAAAACUUUUUUUUUUCUCUGUAAAUAAAAAACUUUCUUCUGCAUAAACACAGCAAAAAACCAGAAAAUCUUAA